ACCACACGUAACAAAAAUCUUCCACCAAAACGACAAGCAAAAACUCGUCUUUCUCUUAUCGAAUAGUGAAACACUGAAACCCACGCCACUCGGAGGUACUGAACUCCACUCCACCGCACUCCCCAGUUUCAUGGCUGCGCCUCCACUUCUGCGAGGCCUGCCCUUCCUCCGCCUCCGCGUCUUCCUUCACCAUCACCACCGCCUUCUCACACCCGUCUUCUGCACUCCUCUCCGCCCUCGUUUAUGCUCGUCCUCUCCUUCUGAGUCGACUCGGUCAGAGGACGAUGUGUACUCGUCGGCGAGUGAACUUUUUACGGUAAAAGAUCCUCCCAAGUUUUUCGACGGAAUUGAUGAGAUUAAUUUCCGUAAAUGGAAAGAUAAAGAAGAUGAGAUUUUACAGGAUAUUGAGCCUAUUACUUUUCUCGCCAAAGACAUUAUCCACUCUGAUAGGUACAUGGAUGGGGAACGCCUGUCGCCUGAUGAUGAGAAAGUUGUUAUAGAGAGGUUGCUUGCCUAUCAUCCUCGUUCUGAAGAUAAAAUUGGAUGCGGACUGGAUUCAGUUAUGGUUGACCGGCAUCCCCAAUUUAGACAUUCAAGGUGUCUGUUUGUUGUAAGAACGGAUGGUGGAUGGAUCGACUUCUCCUACCAGAAAUGUUUACGGGAGUAUAUUCGAAAUAAGUAUCCCUAUCAUGCUGAAAGAUUCAUCCGAGAACAUUUUAAACGCAGUAGUGGUUAAAAAAAGAAAACAUCAUGGCGGUAACAGUUUUUGAUGUCCGAACCUGAUGGCUAUGAUAUGACAAAAAAAAAAGGCUAGGAACCAAAUGCUAUUCAUUGGACAGUCGGCAUCCUUGUAUUGCUAAACUGGUUUUAGCCAUUAUGUAGUAGAUACUUCUUUACUAUCAUUAGCUGUUGAUGUUAUAGUUGACAUAGAAAAUGAUCUACUUGGUAUAUUGUAAUGGGGUUCUGCACAGUUAUGGACGCUGAAAGUCCUCAGACUUCAUGAAGUUAUGUGAACCCAGAUGUAGGAAGGAUGUGAAUUUAUUAAUGUAUUGAACACAACGAUCAUUUUCCCUGAUGCAGUUAAUGUACAUAUUAGGAAUAUGGUUUCGGAGGUUAUCUUUUUGGUCCAUGAUAAUGAUAAAAUGCCAACAUUUUUGCCCA